CCCCUAAUAUCCCUCUCCCCGGAGAAGAGGCAACUGGUGUGGUGGUAGAUUCACUCUGCUCUUCUUGCCGCCGCCGCCGCCGCCGCCGCCGCCGCAAUGGGUCGUGUGAUCCGCGCUCAGCGUAAAGGUGCAGGCUCCGUGUUCAAAUCUCACACCCACCACCGCAAGGGACCGGCAAGGUUCCGCAGCCUCGACUUCGGGGAACGGAACGGUUACCUCAAAGGUGUUGUCACCGACGUGAUCCACGACCCCGGUCGCGGUGCUCCGCUCGCCAAGGUGGCAUUCCGCCACCCCUUCCGUUACAAGAAGCAGAACGAGCUCUUCGUUGCGGCUGAGGGCAUGUACACCGGCCAGUUCAUCUUCUGCGGGAAGAAAGCCACCCUUGUCGUCGGUAACGUCCUUCCCAUCAGGUCUAUCCCUGAAGGUGCCGUUAUCUGCAACGUCGAGCACCACGUUGGCGAUCGCGGUGUGUUUGCUAGGUGCUCUGGUGAUUACGCCAUUGUCAUCAGUCACAAUCCUGAUAAUGAUACCUCCAGGAUAAAGCUUCCAUCUGGUGCGAAGAAGAUUGUUCCGAGUGACUGUAGGGCGAUGAUUGGGCAAGUUGCGGGUGGUGGGAGAACUGAGAAGCCUCUUCUGAAGGCUGGUAAUGCUUACCACAAGUUCAGGGUGAAGAGAAAUUGCUGGCCGAAGGUGCGUGGUGUUGCUAUGAACCCUGUUGAGCAUCCUCAUGGAGGAGGUAAUCACCAGCACAUUGGGCAUGCGAGUACUGUUAGACGCGAUGCUCCACCUGGGCAGAAGGUUGGUCUCAUUGCUGCCAAGAGGACUGGUCGUCUUAGGGGGCAAGCUGCUGCAACUGCUGCUAAAGCUGAUAAGGUCUAAGGGUGCUGAACAACAGAUUGUUAGGAUUUUAUUUGAUUGCUUGUUUUCCAAUUUUGUUUCUUGAUAGUUUACCUGUUACACUGUUUGGUUACCAUUUUGGCAAUCUUUUCCCCAAAAAGAAAAGAGCUUUCAACAGAGAUUUUUUUAUAUUUGUCCAAGUGAUAUUCAUAAUCCUGCAGUUUUUCUACCUGCUAUAUUAUCUGGUUGGAUUAGUUA